AUGGCUCCUCCAGUUUUAACCCAAUCUUCUACUGCUAUUCCUACCACCAACUUUAAUUCAGAUUCUUCGACUGAGACUUUACCUGCAAGUUGGUUCUCCUCCCCUGCAAUCCUUGAAUUGGAAAAAAGAGCAAUAUUCCACAAGACUUGGAACUAUUGUACCCAUGCUAGUCGCUUCAAAUCUGCUGGUGAUUACUACACAUUCAACAUUACUGGUAUCAACUUCUUUAUUAUUAAAUCCAAAACUGAUGGUACUUUGAAAGCUUUUCACAACGUUUGUCGUCACAGGGCCUACCCAGUUAUUAGAAAGGAUAAAGGAUCUAGUACCAUGUUGGGUUGUAAGUAUCAUGGAUGGGCUUACAACACUGACGGUGAGUUGACCAAAGCACGUGAUUACGAUCAAGUUGAAGGCUUCAAGAUGGAAGAAAAUGGUUUGUUACCAAUCAAUACUCAUAUUACACCUCAAGGUUUGGUUUUUGUUAGUUUCAAUUCCAAUCCAAUUCCCUUUGAAACUUGGUAUUCUGGAUUGACUGAAGAAUUGAAUGCUUUUGAUUUUGAUGACUACGAAUACCACAUGAGUUAUGAAUUGGAUGGUGAAUUUAAUUGGAAAACUUUAAUGGAUGGAUAUAAUGAAUGUUUCCACUGUUACACCGCUCAUCCAGGUCUCAAGGCUGCUUUCAAGUUAAACACCUAUAAGGUCGUUCCAAAAACCCAUUACUUGAGACACUUUGCCGAAAUUGUUCAAAAUGAAGAGAAGGAGGAAAAAGAAAAGAAAUCAUGGUUUGGUCUGAAAAAGGAAGAAAAACCAAAGGCAAAAUCAAACAAAGCUGGUACUAAUGAUGGAUUGUGGUUGCAAGUUUCACCAAAUACAGGUAUUAAUUGUUAUUCACCUGCAUGGUAUUCUAUCAGAGUCUUGCCAAUCACAUCCACCAGAACCAUUUUACAAUAUGAUAUUUAUACCAAAAAAGGUUUGGAAGAUGCCGGUAAGAAAGAAUUUGUUGACUUUUUGCAACAAGUUGAAUUGGAAGACUAUGAUUUGUGUGUUUUGACCCAAAAGAAUUUGAACCAGGGAAUUUAUAAAACUGGUGUUUUACAUCCAGGUCAUGAAAAUGGUGUGUUGUAUUAUCAAGGUCUUGUCAGAGACAUGGUCAAGGAGCAUUAUGACUUGGAAGUUGCUAAUGGUGGCCCUAUUGAUCCUGCUUCUCUUAAAUCUGCUGGAGAAAGCGAUGAUGAGUUGGAAGGCAUUUGUAAAUCCUUGGAAUGCGGUAAAGGUUCUGCUGUUGAAUGGUAG